UGUUUCGGCUAUCAUCAACAUUAAAAGGCCCUCAAAGAUAUAUCUUUAAAAGACUAUUAACAACUUCAUGUAUAAAAGAAGGAUGGGAGGCUAUUAUUGGCAUCGAAGUUCACGCACAGUUGAAUACAAAAACAAAACUAUUCUCAGAUUCUUCGACAUCAUAUAAUGACAUGGUGAAUACACAUGUAUCGGCUAUUGAUGCGGCAUUUCCAGGUGUACAGCCUAGAUUAAAUAAUCAUGCUAUUGAAUUAGCAGUAAAGACAGCUUUAGCAUUACAAGGUCAAGUACAAAAGAGAUCACUAUUUGAACGCAAACAUUAUUUUUAUCCUGACUUACCACAAGGUUAUCAAAUUACACAACAACGAGAGCCGAUAUCAAAGGGGGGCUUCAUUUUAUUAACCGAAAAUGAUGGCAUAUCUUCACCUGUCAAAAUUGGUAUUCAUCAGUUACAAAUUGAGCAAGAUACUGGUAAAAGUUUUCAUGAUAUGCGACCAGGGGAAACAUUACUCGACUUAAAUAGAGCCGGUACUGGUCUUAUGGAAAUUGUAACACAACCUGAUAUUAGGUCGUCUUAUGAAGCAGGUUUGUUAGUUAAAAAACUUCAAAAUAUUCUUCAAUGGAUAGGAUCCUCUAAGGCAAAUUUAGAGGAAGGAUCAAUGCGCUGUGAUGUGAAUGUAUCUGUAAGACGAAAAGGAGACAAACAUUUUGGUACUCGAUGUGAAUUGAAAAACUUGAACAGAAUUCGUAUCCUGUCAAUGGCAAUAGAUGCAGAAGUUCGAAGACAAAUAGAAGUGUUGGAAAAAGGGGGGAAAGUAUAUGUGGAAACUAGGCGAUAUGAUGAAGAAAAAGAUACAACAUUUAAAUUAAGAGAUAAAGAAACCGCGCCAGAUUAUAGAUAUAUGCCUGAGCCAGAUUUGCCCCCUCUAAUUUUAUCUCAGACAUACAUUGACAAUAUAGCAGCCAAGUUACCAGAAUUACCAGAUAUAUGUUUAGAAAGAAUUAUAAAACAAUAUGAUCUUAACCUUUUAAAUGCGAAUCUACUCUUACAUGAAUAUAAAUGUGUCGACUAUUUUGAAAAAGUGUGUCAGGGUCGAAAUCCUAAAAUUGUAGCUAAUUGGACAUUAAACGAACUUUCUGGAGCAUUAUCAUCCCAAGGUUUAUCAUUUCAAGAAAAUCCUAUCUCUAUUCAGCGAUUUGGUAAUUUAAUCGAUCUUGUUCAGAAUGGAACAAUUACAGGCAACACUGGUAAAGUAAUUAUGAAAUUAAUGUUAAAAAACCCCUCGGACCCAAUGGACAUAGUUAAAGAAAAAGGAUUGCUUAAAAUUUCUGAUAUAAGUCAGUUAAAAACUCUGUGUGAAGAAUUAACUUCUAAACAUGAUGAUAAAGUGAAACUAAUUCAAAAUGGUGAUUUAAAGCUGUUCAAAUGGUUUAUUGGCCGAGUCAUGGGUCGUACAAAGGGUUUAGCUGAUCCUAAUGCAUUAAACCAAGCAUUAAGUCAGUCAUUAGGUUGGAAAUCGUAUGAAGAUAUGUUAUCAACUGUGGAAGAUAAACAGCUAGACAAAAAGAAAAAGAAUGUACUUUAAAAUAAUAAAUAACAAGAUAUGUGAAAACUAGAAUAUAUAAUAAUCAAAUGUCUUAAUCUUGAUUAUAGCCGACGAUUUAUUAAAAAUUGAGUUAAAAAGCAUUGUAUAUAUAAUAAAUAAAUAAGCUAAGGAUUUAAACAAUAA